UUUAAAUGUUGCAAAACAAGUCGGACGGUCAUGCGCACAACGUGCGGCGGCGGCGGAGAGUCGAGUGCGUCAGUUGUGCUGAGGUUUAUUAUUGCGCGUUGAUUUUCUUGCGGAUAUGUGGAGAUGAACGAGGACGCGUAUGAGGUCCCUGAGAGGACAGAGUACCGAUAUCUGGUGCAGGAAGAGGGGGAAGAGGAUGUGCAGUAUGUUCGUCACCGACACUACAUCAGUCCCUUCUUGGUCCUCUCCAAACGCUGCAUCUUCCUCAUCUGUCUGGGUGUGCUCUUGCUGCUCACCCUGGCUGGCUACCUGGCCUACAUAGCCCAGACACUGCCCCCGGGGCUCGCCCAGGUGUCCACCGACUGCGGAGACUACCGAGGAAGACAUAGAAAUGGGGCCUAUUCCUUCAAGGGCAUACGUUACGCUGCUCCUCCUGUUGAGGAGCUCCGCUGGGCCCCACCGGCCAAGCCAUUGUGCAGAAGUGGGAUACAAGAUGCCAACCGCUUCCGCAGCAUGUGCCCCCAGCUGCGCCCACUCUCGCAGACGGGAAAGCUGAUGGGCCAGGAGGACUGUCUGUUCGUCAAUGUGUGGACGCCCACCCUGCAAGUUGAUGCCAGACUACCUGUCAUGGUGUGGAUCCAUGGAGGCUACCUGCACAUGCUCAGUGGGGGAGAGACGGGCUACUCUCCCACAGAGCGCCUAGCUGCCGACACGGAAAUGGUGUACGUCAGCUUCAACUACAGGCUCAAUGCUUUUGGCUUCAUGGCACUGGAGAUACUAAGAGAAGGAUCCCCUUCCAACACGUCAGGAAACUACGGUUUCAUGGACCAAAUAGCAGCUUUGCAGUGGGUCCAGAGGAACAUCCAUGUGUUCGGAGGGGACCCCGGGAAGGUCACCAUAUUUGGGCAAAGUUCAGGUGGGACAUCUGUGUGGACACUGAUGAUGUCACCCCUGGCGAAGGGUCUUUUCCAUGCGGCAGUGGACAUGAGCGGCUCUUACAUAUACAACGCAUCCCUGGAGAAGGCAGAGUCAGACAACCUGGUCUUCCUGAAGAAAACGGCCUGCAAAGACCUGGCCUGCCUCAGAAGUCUCUCUACCAAACAUAUUCUACAGGCCAUCCCAUGGACAGAGUACCCGUCGUGGGCUGCACAUGAUUUGAUCGAUCUGCCCACUAGAGGGCGUUUCAUUGGGCCCGUAGCAGUGGUGGAUGGAUACGUUCUCCCUGCCGCACCUUUUGAGAGCUGGGAGAAAGGAGGAAACUAUAGUGAUGUCCCUUUCCUUAUAGGGACAACGGAACAAGAGACUGACUUCAGCCCACCGUUUCAAAACAUCUCUAUGUGGACUUCACAAGAUUAUGAGUGGUUUGUGACAUCUAAACUCAGACUUUUCGGUGAGAAACUCCCCAAGGAUGCUUUGGACCUGUAUCCCAGCUCUGCCCCAUGUCCCACAGCAGACCGCUGUCCAGAGAAAGCAUAUACCACCAUGGUGUCUGAUAUGAGGGUGACGUGUCCCAACAAUGACCUUGCACAGAGGGCAGCAGCGGCCCUGCACAGUCCUGUUUAUCGCUAUGUGGUGACACAUACACCGUCUGUUGCUGUCAAUGCCUCGGGGGGCCUGAUGCCAUUCCCCAGCCGUUUCUCUUUCCACUGCCUGGAUGCCGUGGCGUUCUUCGGUGGGCUGGACUUAGUACUGGGGAAGCCCCCUUCUGGUCGAGACAAAGACUUUCAGGCCCUCUUCACACGCCAUCUUGUCAACUUUGCCAAAGAGGGUAAGAUGGUGGAUCUGUGGCCUGAAUACCCAUCUGCCACCGCUCUCCUGUCCCAUAGCCUGUCAGUGGUCUAUAAAUACUCAGCUGUGCGGUGCCAACUCUGGCAGGACAAUGGGUUCUAUCAAUAUGCCUGGGUCAACUGACCACAUGACCUUUGAACCUUCACCCCUGGGAACUUUCUGCAUUAUCUGAUGACUGAGCAGGUCACCUGACCCCAUACCCGGUUCAGCUGACUGGCAGCCGCUCCCUUUUAUCCAAAUUAAUGCUUUAUUCUACUGAGGUAAUGCACUGUAGAUCCUGGAAACCGCUUUCUGUCACCAUAAGACUUGAAGCUUUUUCAAAGUAAACUCUUAAUGCGAACACAUUUCAUGAAGACCAAAUUGAAGAACAACACCAGUGAUUGUAGAAGUGCGGGUGUGCAUUGUGGGGUAUGGAAGUCAGUAUUUGUGAGGGAUUUUUGUCAUGGUUUGAGAGUUUGAAAAGAAUGGAAGUUGCAUACUGAACUAGCAAGUGACUCUCUUGUUGAAGUUAGAUCAUUCUUUUGGCCACGACACAAAGUAAGUGCAUGUUUUGCAUCAUUCACUUCUCCUGUGAUACUCGCUGCAUGAAAAAAACAAAAAAAAACAAAACCAAUGUUAAUUUGUUCUUUAUUACAGAAAUUGAGCAAUUGUAAUCCAGUGUUCUACAAGCCCUCUAUACUUGUUUUGUCUGGUUCAAAUGAAAUACAAAUGAUCAGGCAUUAUAAGACAUUUUUCAAGAGGAGGUUUCAAAUGUUGGGAUGCCCCAACUUGCAGGUGCAAGAAAACUUUAAAACUGAAAGGGAAUUUAAACUUGGUAACGGGAAAUUAAGAUUUGUUGAAAAGGGAAUUUUAACUUUACCUUAUAAGUGAUCUCAACUAAAGUGAGGGGGAAUAUGAGAAUGAUUGUUUUGUUUUGUUUAUUGUUUGUACACAUGCUAUUGGGAAUGCAGCUUUUUUAUAUUGGAUAUUUCUUUUGAGAAGGACUACUGUUUGCACUGUCUUAAGUGAAUGCCUCACUAAAAUUAAGCACAUUAAGCAUGCCAUUUGAAUAUAAAGUUAUUCUUACAUAAUGUUCUUAACUAGUUCAAAUUUAGCAAAAAUGUUUAACAAAGCUCUGAUCACAUACAUUGCCUGUCUUUCACACCUCUUCAAGCCUAUUGAAAGUGGUCUCACAGACACUAGAGACACUUUCAGGUCUGCCUUGUUUUAGAAGUCCUCUGUUUGGGAUUCCAGCCUGUGUGAGUGACCAGCUAACAUAAUGAGAAACAUUACUCAUCUGGUUCAGAAACUACUUUGUGUUUGACCUUUUUUAUUGCAAUGUAUGCUUGAUUUGUACUCAGGUAACACACCUAACUAUGCAUUUUACCAAUGAGCAUCAAUUCCUACCACUGAUUGACACGUGUAUCGUAUCACAAGAGUGAAUUUGUUGUAUUAAAACUGUCCACAACCUUCACAAUACACAAUAAAACAUUUGUUGUUGG